AUGAAUUUACUAAGACUAAUAUUGAUGGCCAGUGUAGCAUCAAUUGGAUGCAGUCAACACAUUGCAGUUCUACUAAUUACACAACCGUGGCCAUAUGAGUUGAAUUAUGCUCAAAAGUUUAAAGAUGGGUUUUUAAAUUCAUUGGAGGAGCUGUCUUGGGUAGGUUAAUUGCCUAGUGUAAUGUAAAAAGUUGACUUGUAGAGUUAAUUCGGUCGUUUCAGAACGGCACUCUCCUCAAAACACACAGUAAUUUCGAUAACAAUGUUGGUGGUUGGUCGUUAUGGCCAUUACUCGGUCGAUUAUAUAGCCAUGUGAAGGAUGCCAACUUUCUUUUGAUCGUUGAGCCUUUUUCUCAAGUUGAUUGGACUGCAUUAAAGCGAUAUACAGAAGGAUUGAAUCCAGAAGAGGACGUUUUUCAAGGGAAGGGGCUGAUUGAUAAGAAGCCGGUGAUUAUUCAUCAUUUCUUUGGAUUCCAAGGGCAAGAGAAACCGAUAAAAUAUCCUGACUUCUCAGCUGGAGUCUUGUUGAGUCGAAGCUUUUUGAAACGGUAAGCACGGUAAAGCUCACGAAAAUGAUUGCUUUCGUUUGUUUGUGGCUUUGGGGAAACUGGGCGAUGAGGGGAAAUUAGGCGGGUUUUGCAAGGCUUUUGCAAAAAAUGGCGCAUUUCGUUUUUCAGUAUAACCCGCGUUUUCCGUUCAACCCCCACAACAAGCCGAGACAAACUUUAAAGAAGCAAACCUUUGGCACAAACACUUGACACAUAAUUUUUUUUGAUGAAACACUUUUUCAGAGUCGUUGAAGUCGUUGGAACUCACGAUAAAAGCGAUUUUACCAUCGACGCCAAGUUUGAGGUAAGCUGUGAACCUUUCCAUUUUCUCACUCCUUUUUUAGUUUGCCAAGUUCAUCUAUGACAAUAUUGGAACCGAAUUAGAGCACAGUGACAAGUUUUGCCUUGAAGGUUCGCCCAGUUGCAUUGUAACCUACGCAGCUCCCAAGUAUGCGAAAGAUGAACCAGGAUGUGGGAAUGAAAUCAGCAAGGAAAACGUUUUUUAUGCUGUCAAAACUUUUAAUGGGUAUCAUAAAACACGAGGUAAGGAGAAGCCUAAUCUUGUACGAUAUUGGUUUUAGUGCUGUACGUGAAGAGAACCUGGGGAAAGGAGGCCAAAUACAUUGAGUUCUUCUCGGAUACUGAGGAUUUUUAUGUUCCCACAAUCGAUUUGAAGGUUCCGAACACUGAAAUCGGUAAGGAUAAUGUAAGAAAGGGUUAAGCUUACGUAUUUCUGGAAGCAAUGCGUAAUAUGGUGCUUUUAGGUCAUUGUGGGAAGACUUUAGCCAUAAUCAAGCACUAUCUUAGUCACGAAGAGGUCAAUCAUGCGCCUUGGUUGGUGAUUGCUGAUGACGAUACUCUUCUCAGCACAACUAGACUCCAUCGAAUGCUGGAUUGUCUGCCAACUUCUACUAAAGUAAUAUUGGGAGAGCGAUAUGGCUUUGGAUUCGAUUGGGAUGGCCUUGGAGGAUAUGAUUAUCCAACUGGAGGGUCAGGGUAAGUAUUAUUUGGUAGAGGUAUUUAUAUUGUUAUAGGAUUGUGAUAUCUCGAGAAGCCGCGAGACAUCUGGCAGUAUCUUGCGAAUGCCCUCAGGUGGAUUCGCCAGACGAUAUGGUCAUUGGUAAGAUUUUUAUCAUCCAUGAUGUCUUUAAAUUCAGAGUUGGUAUAAAUUUCUAUUUCUUUAGGAGCGUGUGCCCGUCGUCUGAACAUCCCCAUUCUCCAUUCCCCCGCAUUUCAUCAAGCCCAACGCGAAGAUUACGAUCCGUCUUAUAUCAACAAGAUACCUCCAAUUUCUUUCCACAAAUUCGAGAAUAUUGAUCCGUACAAGGAACACCAGGAAUAUCUCUACGAAGCAGAAGAUACUCAAGGACAUACAGAGCUGUAA